CAGGCGUGAAUGACAGAGGAGGUGCCCCCGACUGCACUUACAGACGUAAACCUGCGUCUUCUCUGCCACGAUGACAUAGACACAGUGAAACAGCUCUGUGGUGACUGGUUCCCAAUAGAGUACCCUGACUCAUGGUACCGAGAUAUCACUUCCAACAAGAAGUUCUUUUCCCUCGCAGCCACAUAUAGGGGCUCCAUCGUGGGAAUGAUAGUGGCAGAGAUCAAGAGCAGAACAAAGGUGCAUAAAGAGGAUGGAGACAUCCUAGCUUCCAAUUUUCCUGUGGACACUCAAGUUGCUUACAUCCUAAGUCUUGGAGUGGUGAAGGAGUUCAGAAAACAUGGAAUAGGUUCGCUCUUGCUUGAAAGUUUAAAAGACCAUAUAUCAACGACUGCCCAAGAUCACUGCAAAGCCAUCUACCUGCACGUCCUCACCACUAACAAUACAGCAAUAAACUUCUAUGAAAACAGAGACUUUAAACAGCACCACUAUCUUCCCUAUUAUUAUUCCAUCAGAGGGGUCCUCAAAGAUGGCUUUACCUACGUCCUGUACAUCAAUGGUGGACAUCCACCCUGGACAAUCUUUGACUACCUACAGCACAUUGGAUCAACGCUAGCCAGCCUGAGCCCGUGUUCAAUUCCCCAGAGGAUAUAUCGACAAGCCCAGAGCCUUCUCUGCAGCCUUCUGCCCUGGUCUGGCAUUUCUGCCAAGAGCGGCAUUGAAUAUAGCCGGACGAUGUGACUGGAUCGGAAGGUGUACAAAAAGCAAAGGAUUGUUUUUCCUUUCAUCUCCUGAACCAUCCGGCUCUGCACUGAUUCCAGUGAUGACGGCUCUUGGUCAGUGACCCAGCCCCUGGACGGGACUCCUUGUUCCACAGGUUGACCGAGAUUUGGCAGACUUCACACUUGACGGGCUGCAGCCCUGACUUACCCCCGUGGCCUGGAGCCUGCGAGCGCUGCCUGGGCAGGCCUGGCUGUCGCACGAGGCAUCUGGCUGUGCCGUAGCUGAGGGCCCUUUGCGUCACCAGUCUGUGUGCAUGUUGCACUGUCCCCGCCACUUCCCUUGCCUCUGGUUUGCUCCUAUUCGUAUACGUGAUGUAGAGGGGUUCAGUUAACGAGGUUAAUGAGUCUGCACUGACUGACCAUGUAAAUGAGCCGUAAGCGCCCUGGCAGGCCGCUGCUGGCAGAAUAUACAGUCGUGCACUUGUUGCCGGGGAAGGGGGAGCUGGGUGAGGGGAAAUGGGGAGCGAGGAUCGUGUCUGGGUCCUGCCAAGUCAGCUGCUGCCGCCGGUGCUUCCUGUGGGUAACUUCCAGGGAGGGUAACUGCCUUGCAUGAGAAACUACCCAGCCCCACCGGCCCUCUGGAGUGACUUAAAAAGAAGCAUUUAAUUCAGGAUGCAUCAAGUAGAAGGCAGGGAAUGAAAUUGCUAUUUCAUAGUGAAAUAUAUAUAUUAUACUGUAUAGAUCUUUCUGCCUUUGUCCAAGUUGGAAUGUAGCAGGGGAGGGGAGCUGGGGGUGUAGAGCCGCUGCUGCAGCCAGAGCCCUGCAGAGUUCGGUCCAGAGCCCUUCUCCUCUCCUGCGUGCACCCUCCCGUGGCACCAGGGCCGGACUCUUGCAGGAUCGUUGGGGAUGAGCCCUGUGCACAGAUCACAGCAGCUUUUCCUUGCUGACGAAAAGCUCCCCCGGCUGCUCACUGGCGUGCUUCAGGCCACAGUCUGGGCAUCACCACAGGGCCGUGCUGGUGGACAGUCUCCCUGCGGCUGUCCGGGAGACUCCUGGCCCGGCUGCAGGACCCCCGUGGCUGUGCCAGCCUGGGGCUGUGUCUCAGCUCACCGGCAGUUAGCGUCCAGCCUGCAUGGAGGCCCCAGUGUGCCACAGCCAGGCCGGGCACCUUUCCUGUGCCUCGGAGCGAGGUUGGGCGAGCACUUCGCUUUUAAGGUGGGAGUCGCUGCAGCUCACCCAGCCCAGGCACGUGUCAGAGGUGCGGGUAUCCCUGCGCCCUGCUGGGGUCCCGUUGCAAAUCACUCUUCCCCUGCUCAGCGCCAUGUUCCUCGUUCCCCUCUCAUUUUGAAACUGGGACUUGAGCAAAGGAGGUCUAAGCCGCAGCUGGUGCAUCGCCUGUACGUGCAGGCAGUGCCAGCUCUGGCAGCGGGUGUGGGCAGGGUGUGGGGGUGAGACACAGUACAGGUCAGGCUUAGACUUUUAGAAGAGAAAGGAAGCACGUUGAGAUCUUGCAGCCUGGAUGACCGUACAAAGAAGUCAUUUCCAUGUCUAAACCCCAGAGGUGGGAGUAAAUUAAUAAAAGGGUGCAGGAAGGCGAGCUUGCUGUGCGUGGUACCGUGCUGCUGCCCGAGAAGGGUGGCUGGGACUAGCUCCCCACGGCCGCCAUGGGGCUGGCACUGUGUGCUGCUGCUCGGCUCAGAGGUGGCUCUGGCACAGAAAGCCCCGGUGAGCGCAGCUUCCCCCGUGGCCGUGGCCGGCCCUGCAGCCCGGACUGCAGGAAGCAGCUUGAUCCAGCCCCGGGGGGCCGGCACAGAGCGUGUUUUGGAGCAGCAGCGGGCUGUUUUGCUGGGAGGUGCUGGUCCCGCUUCCGGGGCUCAAAGAAAGAGGUCUAGCGCAAUGACUGAC